GUUACUAUAAAUUGUGCACCCAUUUCCAAACUUAGCUCAUUGCAUCAAGUUUAGCUACUGAAAAUGUUAGACUUGCAUUAAAAAAAGAGGUGUAAGAUUAGGUUAAUUACAAGACAGAGAGAGGGCGUGGUGAUGGGCUGAUGGCAACAACAUUAAAGCAAGUAUUUCGUAUGAAAGAGGGGACAAAUGAAAGUAGUUAUGCUAAAGCGUCUUACCUUCAGAAGGAAGUGCUAUCAUUGACAAAACCCCUAAGAGAAAAGGCUAUAAGGGAGUUCUACUACAGGGAACGACCAACAACCUUAUGCAUAGCAGAUUUGGGUUGUUCUUCUGUUGAGCUAAGCAACUUAAGUCCGGUGUUUGGACUCCUAGAAUCUGUUGAAAAUGCUCGUCGAGAGCUAGGAAAAGAGCCACAAGAGUAUCAAAUUUACUUGAAUGAUCUUCCAGGAAAUGAUUUUAAUACAAUCUUUAGGUCAUUGGGAAGCUUUGGAGAUAAGCUUAAACAAGAAAUGGGAGAUGAUUUUGGGCAUCAUUUUGUGAAUGGUGCUCCUGGCUCUUUCUAUGGUAGGCUUUUUGCCUCCAACCAUUUGCAUUUUAUCCAUUCUUCAUAUAGUCUUCAUUGGCUAUCUCAGGUACCAAAAGGAAUAGAAGACAACAAGGGAAAUAUUAACAUAGCAAAGACAAGCCCUCCUCAUGUGAUUAAAGCUUACUAUGAGCAGUUUGAAAGGGACUUUUGGUCGUUUCUAAGGUAUCGCUCUGAAGAAGUAGUGGUCGGAGGGAUGAUGGUGCUAACACUUAUAGGAAGGAAAACUCGUGAACCAUAUAGCAGGGAAUCUUGUUACUGGUGGGAGAUUCUUGCGUCAGCUCUAAAAGACAUGGUAGUUGAGGGUUCCAUAGAUGAAGAUAAGUUAAAUACUUUCAAUACCCCUUUUUAUGCUCCCUCAGAAGCAGAGUUAGGUUUUCUAGUGGAAAAGGAAGGUUCAUUCAAUCUCAAUAAUCAAGUUCAAAUUUCAGAAGUCAGCUGGAAACCAAAUGAACAACAUAAGAAUUCUCAUCCUUUUGAGUCAGAUCAUGAUGCCUUUACUAAAUGCAUAAGAGCCGUGACCGAAUACUUGAUCACAAGUCAUUUUGGAGAAUCCAUUGUAGAAGAGGUGUAUCACAAGUACAAGGAAUUUGUCAAAGUUUCAAUGGGAAAGGAGAACAAUGUGUUUAUCAAUAUUACAGUCUCAUUGACAAGAAAAGGUUGAUAAAUUGCCAUGGGAAGAAAAUUAAUAAUUGUUCUAAAAAAAGUUUUUGUACUAUUAUUUUAUACUCUUGCCAUAUUUCGAGCAAACUAAGGCAAAGUAAAAAAGAUAGUUCUAGAGAGAGGGGUCUCCCUUCUCUCUAGAAUUCUCCAGCCCCUCCAUCGCCUUUUUUCACAUAUUCUCUCUCUAGCUUUAUCCACCGUCUCGUUUCAUAGUCUCUCUCAACCUUAACCACCCCCACUACUUUGCCUCCUCCUCCACUGGAGAUCCGAUCCGUUCGCCGCAAAGAAGCGAGCUUCUGCCCAGUUCGAUGUCACCGCCAUCUAAUCCGACCGCCGCCGCUUGUGGCUCCGCAGCCGAUACGAGGAGACCAUAUGGCCAGAUCUGGAGCGAGUCAUCCUUCUUCCGGGCUUUGCUCCGAAAUUCUUAAAAUUCGAUCUACCGCCACCACCGACACAUCCCUCAUCUUGUCGGUGCCGUGUUUGGUGGUUGAUGGUCCGUCCCUCAUAGUCCCUGCCACCAAAAGGACCUGGACAGCGCCCUCAUGUUCCAGAUCUGGCGAUUUGAAGCUGAAGUGAGUGAUCCGCCUCCUCCACUGUUGUGGGGGUUGCUACGUAUUUGAGAAGUUUGCCUGUAAAGCUUCCUUGAGAAGUUAGAACUAGUUUUCCUUUUCUAUUUUCUUGUACAUUAGUUAUUUAGUAGUCUCUCCCUGAGAUAGGGAUUCUACUAAAUUUAGGUUCCUGGUGGAUAUUUUCUCUGAGAUAGGGAUCCACUAGUACCUCAUGUACAAAAAAAUACUCUUGCCAUAUUUGUAAGAUGCAAUUAUGUACCAUGCCAGUACUUUUAUCUAUAGAUGCUAUUUCUAAAUACAUCUUUUUGGUUAUAUACACACGAUGUAUUUUUGAUAUGAAAGUUGUCAUAAUUUCGCAUUAUUGCCAAUAAAUCAUAGUUUUCAGGUUGA